AGCUUCAUGAAUGAUUAAGAUCUUGGAGGAAGACAGCGGAAAGAGAUUAAAGAUCCCAGGGUUAAAACUUGGAGAAACUUCACAGUAUAUCAUCCAAAAAAGGAUUGCAUGAUGGAAGCAGAGGUAAACUUGGAGAGGACCAAAAGAUGCCACCCAAGCGCAUAGCUAAGAGAAGGUCACCCCCAGAAGAUGCCAUCCCCAAAAGCAAGAAGGUGAAGGUCUCACACAGGUCCCACAACACAGAACCAGGUUUGGUGCUGACACUGGGCCAGGGCGAUGUGGGCCAGCUGGGGCUAGGUGAGAAUGUGAUGGAGAGGAAGAAGCCAGCCCUGGUGCCCAUUCCAGAGGAUAUUGUUCAGGCCGAGGCUGGGGGCAUGCACACCGUGUGUCUAAGCAAAAGUGGCCAGGUCUAUUCCUUCGGUUGCAAUGAUGAAGGUGCUCUGGGAAGGGACACAUCAGUGGAGGGCUCAGAGAUGGUCCCUGGCAAAGUGGAACUGCAAGAGAAGGUGGUACAGGUGUCAGCAGGAGACAGUCACACAGCAGCCCUCACCGAGGAUGGCCGUGUCUUCCUUUGGGGCUCCUUUCGGGACAAUAACGGUGUAAUUGGGCUGUUGGAGCCCAUGAAGAAGAGCAUGGUGCCCAUACAGGUGCAGCUAGAUGCACCUGUGGUGAAGGUAGCCUCAGGAAAUGACCACUUGGUGAUGCUGACAGCUGACGGUGACCUCUACACCUUGGGCUGUGGGGAGCAGGGCCAGCUGGGCCGUGUGCCUGAGUUAUUUGCCAUUCGUGGUGGCCGGCGGGGCCUUGAAAAACUCCUGGUCCCUAAGUGUGUGAUGCUGAAAUCCAGGGGAAACCGGGACCAUGUGAGAUUCCAGGAUGCCUUCUGUGGUGCCUGUUUCACUUUUGCCAUCUCCCUCGAGGGCCAUGUAUAUGGCUUUGGCCUCUCCAACUACCAUCAGCUUGGAACUCCAGGCACAGAAUCUUGCUUCAUACCCCAGAACCUAACAUCUUUCAAGAAUUCCACCAAGUCCUGGGUGGGCUUCUCUGGUGGCCUGCACCAUACAGUCUGCAUGGAUUCAGAAGGAAAAGCAUACAGCCUGGGCCGGGCUGAGUAUGGGCGACUGGGCCUUGGGGAGGGUGCUGAGGAGAAGAGCAUACCCACCCUCAUCUCCAGGUUGCCCGCAGUCUCCUCAGUAGCUUGUGGAGCCUCUGUAGGGUAUGCUGUGACCAAGGAUGGUCGCGUUUUUUCCUGGGGCAUGGGUACCAACUACCAGCUGGGCACAGGGCAGGAUGAAGAUGCCUGGAGCCCCGUGGAGAUGACGGGCAAACAGCUGGAGAACCGUGUGGUCUUAUCUGUGUCCAGUGGGGGCCAGCACACAGUCUUAUUAGUCAAGGACAAGGACCAGAGUUGAUGAAGCCUCUGAGGGCUUGGCCCCCCUCAACCUCGUUCAUACAAUAAGGAAGAUUCUGGCAGGCCUCUCCCCAACCCUGAACACCGUGUCAUCUCCUGCCUUUUUCCCAUCAGCAGAACAGAAUCCUUCUCUUUUUCUUCCUCCUUUUUGGAAUUAUCCUGGGAUCUGCAGGAUGAAGGGAGGGAUGGAUGGGGGUGGUUCAGAAGGAACAUUGCUCACUAAAGAGCUAUGUGGUUUGCCCUUUGCUCCCAUUUACCUACCUUCCAUGGUCCUGGCUGGCCCUGGCUUUGCCUACCAGGAAACCAAAACUUCCUCACUUGAGGUUUUCAUGCCCACACUCUGAAAAGUUGGGGCUCCAUCAAACUCCACUGCAGUCAUGUGCCCCUUUCCUAUCUCCAAAAAUCGACUGGCCAAAUGGUAUAGUAAUCAAACCCAGCUGUCAUUGACCCAUGCCUGAAGGAUUCUGGAGAAAAGGCAGGGCUAUAUGGCCAGAGUAACCCCAAGCCAGCUGCUCAGGUGUCCAUGAGACAAAAAAGAAUGAUCCUCCACUUGACCAAGAAGAAAGCCAACUAGCAAUCCUCCCAGAAGCACAAACCAUAUGCUUGCCUUUCAGGCAUAGCAGGUGCAUCCUGCCUAUUCAUUUGGCUUCUCCUGUUAAGGGCCUGAAACCUUGAAAAAAAGCCACUUGUGCAGGAUAAGGUAGGGCAGGACAGGGUAUGGGGGGAGAGAGGACAGAGGGUUUUAUAAACAAACAGCAAUAUUGAGAGGUAAGGGUGGGGGAGAGGGCUGGAGAAGGGUCUGAUCCCAAAAAGGAAGCAGCAAUUUGUACAGUGGCUGAGAAUAUAGUUUUGAUUUUUUUUAAUUGUAAAAUAUUUUGGAGGGGAGAGUGAAAUCUUUUAAAACUUGGAAUAAAUUUAGAGUUUUGUAAAA